AUGGCUGAGAACCAGCCCACCCAGACAGCCAACCAACGUGCGCUAACCCUCCCUGACAUCGUGUCCCAGAUUUUUAUCUGGAUCAUGAUCGACCACGAGAAAUACCAGUCCAACCUGAGCUCGUACUACACGGCCACAAACAUGGCGUGGAUGUCCUGCGUGCCCAAAUGCUCAGGCCGGUUCAUGGUGUGGGCCGACCAUGGCACGCGCCAUUUCCCAUACUAUGAACACCACGUCGGUGUUCUGCAGGACUAUGCCAUGGUGAACCGCACCUGGCUGGCCGAGGCGCUGCGUCUGCUGUGGAGAGACCCGACAUCCUACUGCCGCACGCUCGAACAGUCUCUCAUCCCCAUCGACCCGGCCCGGCGCCAGCUGUAUGCCCAGUACAUCCAGAGCGCUAUUCUCGUCACGGUCGACCGUGAAGACGCCCGUUUCAGUAAUGCCGUGCUACGGGAUCUGGAGUUCCCUCGUCUCAAGGCGCUUAAGCUCCUCGUGCGUGGUUAUUGGGACGGCAGCCUGCUCUACAGCCACCGCAACGGUGUCCACAUCCCGCGCUUCCAGAGCGACUCGCUCGCGCUUUUGAUCGUGGACCGUUUCUUGAAGGACGAGUUUAAGUCGGCUAAUCUUAUGGGACUGCCGUAUGAAUGGAAUGCCUUUCUUCGGCGAAUCGCGGUCCAGUUCCCCAACCUCGAGGAUGUGCGAUUUGAGCCACAACUUGAUGUCGACCUUACCAGUAUGUGUCGCUUCGAGGAGCGUCUGCCGAACCUUCGGUCUCUGACGUACCUGAACAAGACUGUUACCCUGCGGUAG